GACGGCAGGCUGAGUCGGGGGGCCCCCCUCCGCUCACCAUGGUGGAGAGACGCUUCUCUAAGUUCCUGCAGAAACUCUCCUUGUCUCGCUUUGGCCACCAGUACGAACCGCUGGAAGGGGGCGAGUUGGAAACUUUGGGUCCAGCCAUCUGGCAGAAAAGAAAACGAUGGUUAUCGUGCCCUGGGCAUUGGAAUACAAGGAACUCAUUUGCAAAAACUGGCCGUGCUAUCUCCUGUUAUCAUCAGGGGACACUCACUGCAACAUGGAGCACACUUGGCAAAGAGUCCCAGAGAUCGAUGAACAAUGUGAGCUGAAGGCUAUAGAAAAAGAGAAGACAGUGGUUGCCCUGACACCCAAGGAGGCCAGCAAAUGCCACCAAGAAGACUUGGCCAAAGCGUUCUGUGUGGACUUGCAGCAUGGCCUGUCAGAGUUCUCAGUGGCGCAGCGCAGGCUGGUCCAUGGCUGGAAUGAAUUUGUUGCUGACAACUCAGACCCCGUGUGGAAGAAGUACCUGGAUCAGUUUAAGAACCCCCUGAUCCUGUUGCUUCUGGCAUCGGCGCUGGUGAGCGUGCUCACAAAGGAGUAUGAGGAUGCCAUCAGCAUCACCAUGGCUGUGCUCAUUGUAGUCACUGUGGCCUUCAUCCAGGAGUAUAGGUCAGAGAAGUCUCUGGAAGAACUGACCAAGUUGGUCCCCCCAGAAUGCAACUGCAUAAGGGAAGGAAAACUCCAGCAUCUGCUUGCUCGAGACCUGGUCCCCGGAGACAUUGUGUCCCUCGAGAUUGGAGACCGAAUCCCUGCAGACAUCCGUCUCACCGAGGUAACAGACCUCCUGGUGGAUGAGUCCAGUUUCACAGGGGAAGCAGAGCCCUGUAGUAAGACGGAUGCCCCACUGGUGGGCAGUGGUGACCUCACCACCCUGAGCAACAUUGUCUUCAUGGGGACCCUGGUGCAGUAUGGGAAGGGGCAGGGAGUUGUGAUUGGAACAGGGGAAAGAUCUCAAUUCGGGGAGGUGUUUAAGAUGAUGCAGGCUGAAGAGACACCUAAGACACCUUUGCAGAAAAGCAUGGACAAGCUAGGGAAGCAGCUGACACUCUUCUCGUUUGGCAUCAUUGGCCUCAUCAUGUGCAUUGGCUGGCUUCAAGGGAAGCAGCUCCGCAGCAUGUUCACCAUCGGGGUCAGCCUGGCUGUGGCCGCCAUCCCAGAAGGCCUGCCCAUUGUUGUUAUGGUUACACUGGUCCUGGGGGUACUACGGAUGGCCAAGAAGAGAGUCAUUGUGAAGAAGCUGCCCAUUGUGGAGACUUUAGGUUGCUGUAAUGUUAUCUGUUCUGAUAAGACGGGGACUCUGACAGCCAAUGAAAUGACCGUCACCCAACUUGUAACAUCUGAUGGGCUCCACGCUGAGGUCAGCGGCGUGGGCUAUAACGGCAAAGGAACCAUCUAUCUGCUGCCCUCAAGGGAGGUCAUUAAGGAGUUCUCCAAUGUCUCGGUGGGGAGACUAGUAGAGGCAGGUUGUGUCGCCAACAACGCCAUCAUCAGGAAGGACACUGUGAUGGGGCAGCCCACUGAAGGAGCCCUGGUUGCCCUGGCUAUGAAGAUGAACUUAAGCGAUAUUAAAGAUUCAUACGUGAGAAAAAAAGAGAUUCCAUUCAGCUCAGAGCAGAAGUGGAUGGCGGUGGCAUGCAGCCCCCAGAAUGAGGAGCAGGAGGACAUUUACUUCAUGAAAGGGGCCUUUGAGGAAGUGAUCCAGCACUGCACCAUGUACAACCACGGUGGCAUCCCCCUGCCGCUGACACCCCAGCAGAGGGCCUUCUACCUACAGGAAGAAAAGAGAAUGGGAUCGCUGGGUCUGCGAGUGCUGGCCCUGGCAUCUGGGCCUGAACUCGGAAAGCUGACAUUUCUGGGCCUCAUGGGAAUCAUUGACCCUCCACGGGCUGGUGUGAAGGAGGCGGUUCAGGUGCUCUCGGAAUCCGGCGUGUCUGUGAAGAUGAUAACGGGCGAUGCUCUGGAGACAGCCUUGGCCAUAGGAAGGCAUAUUGGCCUUUGUAAUGGGAAGCUGAAGGCCUUGUCAGGGGAGGAGGUGGAGAGCAUGGAGCAGGGCCAGCUGGCCAAGCAAGUGGGGAAGGUGUCCGUCUUCUUCAGGACCAGCCCAAAGCACAAACUCAAGAUCAUAAAGGCUUUACAGGAGUCAGGGGCCGUCGUAGCCAUGACAGGGGAUGGAGUGAACGACGCGGUGGCGCUGAAGUCGGCGGACAUUGGGAUUGCCAUGGGCCAGACGGGUACAGACGUCAGCAAGGAGGCUGCCAACAUGAUCCUAGUGGAUGAUGAUGUCUCAGCCAUCAUGAACGCAGUAGAGGAAGGCAAGGGGAUUUUUCAUAACAUCAAAAAUUUUGUCCGAUUUCAGCUGAGCACAAGCAUCUCAGCCCUGAGCCUCAUCACUCUGUCCACUGUGUGUGACCUGCCCAGCCCCCUCAACGCCAUGCAGAUCCUGUGGAUCAACAUUAUCAUGGACGGGCCGCCAGCACAGAGCCUGGGUGUGGAGCCGGUUGACAAGGAUGCCCUGCGGCAGCCCCCACGCAACAUCGGGGACACCAUCCUCAGCAGAGCCCUCAUCCUGCGGAUCCUCCUGUCAGCUGCCGUCAUCAUCAGUGGGACUCUCUUUGUCUUCUGGAAAGAGAUCCCUGCAGACAAAGCCAGCACCCCGCGCACCACGACCAUGACCUUCACCUGUUUUGUCUUCUUCGACCUCUUUAAUGCUCUGACCUGCCGCUCUCAGACCAAGCUGAUCUUCGAGGUGGGCUUCCUCAGAAACCGCAUGUUCCUCUACUCAGUUCUGGGCUCCCUCCUGGGCCAGCUGGCUGUCAUCUACAUCCCACCCCUGCAGAAGGUCUUUCAGACAGAGAAUCUGGGCGCAUGGGAUCUCCUGCUUUUAACUGGUUUGGCCUCAUCUGUGUUUAUUGUGUCGGAGCUCCUGAAGCUGUUUGAAAGACUCUGCUCCAGAGCCAGGAAAACCCAGAGCCACUACAGGGCUACAGAGCAGACCCCAGCUGAAUCAGAUCCCUAAGUAUCCAUGUUUUUAUGUGACUGCAGGCACCUGCCCCAUCCCUCCAUGAAGGGGUGUUGUAGGACACUGUCAGGUUAGGUCACUCACCCAGCUCUCCUUGGGAGAGAGCAGGAAACUUGGGUUGCCCUCCUGAGCCCAGCUGGCAGCUCCAUGGCACUGGGCUCUGGCUGUACAGAAACAUCUUGCUAUUUAUUAAACUGAGGUUUUUACUAA